AAAAUCGGUCUUCCGGGCCAAAAUGGCGCUUAACUUAGUUGUCAAGGUUCAUCCUGUUGUUUUAUUUCAAAUUGUUGAUGCAUACGAACGGCGAAAUGCAGAUUCACACAGAGUCAUUGGCACUUUGCUCGGCACGUCGGACAAGGGAGUCGUGGAAGUAACGAACUGCUUUUGCGUACCUCACAAGGAACAUGCAGACCAAGUGGAAGCCGAGCUUAACUAUGCCAUGGAUGUGUACGAUCUAAAUCGAAGGGUAAAUGCUUCCGAAAAUAUUGUUGGCUGGUGGGCAACAGGUAAUGAGGUGACAAACCAUUCAUCAGUGAUCCACGAAUACUACUCUCGCGAGUGCCGUGAGCCAGUGCAUGUUACUCUGGAUACGUCGCUGGCUGGCGGCCGCAUGGGGCUGCGCGCUUAUGUUUGUGUGGCGCUGGGAGUGCCUCGUGGCAAGCAGGGCUGUAUGUUCACACCCAUUGAUGUCUCACUCACAAGCUAUGAGCCUGAGAUUGUAGGACUACAAUUAUGUCAGAAAACUAUGGGGCCUGGUGGACGGUCACGGCAAGUACAACCAAUGAUGGAUCUCGCGCAGGUAGCUGAAGCUGCGUCCAGACUGUCAGUUCUACUUGAUCAGGUGCUGCAGUACGUGGAGGACGUGCUGGCGGAGCGCGUGGCGGCGGACAACGCGGCCGGGCGGCAGCUGCUGCAGCUGGUGCACGCCGUGCCCAACCUCGCCGCAGACACCUUCGCGGACGCCUUCGCCUCCAGCGUCAAGGACCUCCUCAUGGUGGUGACACUCGCGCAGUUGAUCAAAACACAGUUGCAGCUGAACGAGAAGUUGACGCUGCUUACGUCACAAUAAAGUCAGCAGUACAGUGCAGUGCAGUGCAGUGGUGCAGUGCUCCGUUUCCCAUCAAUGAUAAUACAUCUAUACCAUUUGUCCAACAUAAACAUGUGACACAAGUGAUUCAGUUGGAUAAUAUUCCGUAUUGCAUAUUAUAAGAUUAUUUUGAUUAAAAUGGU